AUGACCAGUUUGUCCAAAAGCUUCAUGCAGAGUGGACGAAUCUGCGCAGCAUGUUUCUAUCUGUUAUUCACACUACUUUCAAUCCCAAUCUCGUUUAAAGUUGGUGGUUUAGAGUGCGGUCUUUCCUUCACGGUGACACUGUUCACUUUGUAUUUCAUAACUACGACUCUUAACGUGUUGGCAAGACGACACGGAGGAAGAUUAUACAUUUUUUUGACCAGCUGUCUGUAUUAUUCACAACACUUCAUCAUUGCAUCUUUGCUAUACCUGUUUUUGUCUGGAUUUUCUAAUGAUGAAUUGGGAAACGUUCUGAAAAAUAAAUCUAAUGAGUCAGAGUCGUUCUUAGAAGCUUUGAAAAAUAGCUUAAAUUCCAACCAAAUUAACUACGUGUUAUAUUAUUAUUACUAUCGAUUUGUUGUUCAACCGUGGCAGUUCGUACUUACCAAGUCCACACCUUUUUUUACUCUAUCAGAAGGUUUUUUCACUAUUUUAGCCAUCCAGGCCGUCGGGGAAACUAAUAGAUGGUUAUCAAAUGACCUGAAUUCAAACACGUGGAUUAUUUCCUCAUUGCUAGCUUCUGGGGGUGUGAUUACCGCUUCGCUUUAUUAUUUAUAUCGGAUUUAUGUCACCCCUAUAUGGCCAUUAUCCAUCCAAACAGCGUCUUUAUUAGGAUUUGUUUUGUCUAUGGUAUGUGGGUUGGGUUUAUAUGGUAUUGUGAGUCAGAAAGGAUCCGUCAUAGAAAGCUCUUUAUUUUUUGCGUAUAUUGUUCGUUGUAUUUAUGAAAUUUCGCCUAAAUUAGCUACUACGGCAACUGAUGAAAUUUUAGACUUGUUUAAAGACGUCUGGCAAAAGCAUCAAAGGAAUCUGCCCACUGCGGACAAUCUUUUGUGCUACUUCCAUAAUGUCAUAUUAAAGAAUGCAGAGAUGUUAUGGGGGUCUUUUAUUCCUAGGGGAAGAAAGAAAACUGGUGAUUUUCAUGACAAACUCAUUAGUAUUUUAUCAUUUGAAAAAGUAUCCUUAAUAUCUAAACCGUUCUGGAAAUUUUUCAAGAAUUUCACCUUUAGUGUUCCGCUAUCCAUUAACGAAUUCUGCCAAGUUACAAUCAAGAUGGCAAGUGAAUCAGUUUCCCCAGCUAUAGUAAUUAAUUUAUGCUUUAGAGUUCUAAUGUUUUACUCGGCCACAAGGAUUAUUCCAGCAUUACAAAGAAAGAAUGACAAGCAAUUGCGCAAGAGUCGUAGGAUCAUGAAGGGUUUGUAUUGGUACAGUCCCUGCAUAUUGAUUGCUAUGUAUACUCACUUGAUUUUACAAUAUUCGGGUGAGCUGAAGAAGGAUCUAUGUAUAUGGGGUUGCAGUGAAAAGUGGUUUGGUUCAGAUCAACCAGAAAUUAUAGUGGAUUCAUGGGGAUUCUGGAAUUGGUGCAAUAUUUUCUGUACUGUUUUGGUGUAUGCUACUGAAUUGAUAGGUUCUGGUAGUUGA